AUGCCUAAUCAAUGCACGCAACGCAAUUCAUUCCGUUUCUCCUCCCUUUCCCCUCUCUAUAUAAUCCUCCGCCUUCCUCCUCCACCCUGUUUUCGGCCUCAAUCAACAACGCACAACAGUUUUCCCCCCUUUCGCAAAACUAGAAAACCCGGCAAAACCUCCCUUCUUCCUCCUCCUCCUCCCUCGCACUUCUUCGCUUUCUGUUUGAAUUCUCUACUCAUGGCGAAGCGCGUCCUCGUCACCGGCGGCGCCGGCUACAUUGGGACUCACACCGUGCUCCAGUUGCUCUUAGGCGGUUACCGCGCCGUCGUCGUUGACAGCCUGGACAACUCCAAUCAACUCGCCCUCCGCCGAGUUCAGGAGCUCGCCGGCAAGCACGCCGAGAAUCUGUCCUUCCACCAGGUCGACAUAAGGGACAAGCCUGCGCUGGAGAAGAUUUUUGCGGGGACAAAAUUCGAUGCUGUCAUCCACUUUGCUGGACUGAAAGCAGUGGGCGAGAGUGUUGAGAAGCCCUUGUUGUAUUACAACAACAACGUCAUAGGAACGAUUACUUUGCUGGAAGUAAUGGCUGCCCAUGGAUGCAAGAAUCUUGUCUUCUCAUCAUCAGCCACAGUUUAUGGUUGGCCGAAGGAAGUCCCAUGUACAGAAGAAUUUCCAAUCAGUGCAAUGAACCCGUAUGGGCGUACCAAGCUUUUCAUUGAAGAUAUUUGCCGUGAUGUCUACCGCUCAGACCCUAAAUGGAAGAUAAUCUUGCUGAGGUAUUUCAAUCCAGUUGGCGCGCAUCCUAGUGGUAAGAUUGGUGAGGAUCCUAGUGGAGUCCCGAACAACCUCAUGCCCUUUGUGCAGCAAGUUGCUGUUGGCAGAAGACCUCAUCUAACCAUCUUUGGGACUGACUACAAGACCAAGGAUGGAACUGGGGUACGUGAUUACAUUCAUGUUGUUGAUUUGGCGGAUGGCCACAUUGCUGCAUUGCGUAAGCUGGACGCACCUGAUAUAGGUUGUGAGGUAUACAACUUAGGAACAGGGAAAGGAACAUCAGUGUUGGAGAUGGUUACAGCAUUUGAGAAGGCAUCCGGAAAGAAAAUCCCUCUAGUAAAGGCUGGACGGCGACCAGGCGAUGCUGAAAUAGUUUACGCAUCAACAGCCAAGGCAGAGCGCGAAUUGAAUUGGAAGGCCAAAUUUGGGAUUGAAGAAAUGUGCCGGGACCAAUGGAACUGGGCCAGCAAGAACCCUUACGGCUACAGUUCACCGGACGCCCCUAACGGGACCAAGUAGAAACGGGAAAGAAAGAUAACAAUUCUCACAGGUUUUUUCCCCCUUUAGGUACAACAACAGCAUAGUAAAGAAGCAUAUGAUAUGGGUGUAGAUUCUUCCUUCCUCUUAGAAAGUAUUAAUUACAGUGUGUUGGCAAGAGAAAGAGGAGUGUUUGUCUUCUUCCUCUUCUUACUAUUGAAUAAACAUCUUGCUGUGGGCUUCCUGCCUGCUUGCCCAGUAUUGAUAGUAGAAAAUUAGAUUGGCUUUUUUCUUCUUUUCUUUUCCUCCUUUUUUUUCUCUUCUUUUUCUUGGAUCUAUAUAGGAUAUGUGUAAAGAGGUUAAGGUUAGGGUUGGUCUUAUUUUGGUGUCCAAAUUGGUUAGCACGUUGUUCACAGAUUAUAAGUAGAGAAAUGUUCUGCAAUCUAAUGUGUUCUGUAAAGCUGAUAGUUGUGUUCUAUAUGAGUGGUAAUAGAAGAAUUAAUUGUUAUUAUUUAUUAUAUAUUUUAGAACAGAUCAACAAUUAUUUCUGUUCCACAUUUUGAGAUGUUCUUCCUCCCUUCCAACUUGGCCUAAUAGUGACCUAACAAGUGUCCAGAAAUCAUUCAUUACGUUACCACCGUCAAUAGAGAGAGGGAUUCUUUGGGCUCGUGCUCGUCUCGUUGGCGCUGUUUUGAUUUCCUGAUCAUUGGGAUCGGUAGAUUAAUAGUUUAGUCCAGCAAUUGAGGAUUCUUAUGAGGGCAGAGAACGUGGGUUGUGUAUAUGGAGGUCAAAUCAAGUAUGUAAUGAUAUUCAUACUCGUCUCAUGGCAGAUUGGAUAAUUUAUUAUGGACUGCGCAGCGUAGGCAGCUCAAUUCGUGGAUUUAAUAGACUUGAGUUAUUAUACAUUCAUUAGUAAUUAUAUAUUACAACAAGACAUUAUGAUUUGGGGG